AUGGUGGGCUGUCACAAUUCACCAUUCAUAAGAUCCGGAAGCACCGCUGCAAACCAGGACCUGGACGUAACGACUCAGCUCAACGACGGCAUUCGUUUCCUUCAGGGCCAAAUCCAGUGGCCCGCUAAUGGCACGGAGCCGCACUUCUGCCACACGAGCUGUGACAUUCUCGAUGCCGGUCCCAUCACCGACUGGCUAGGCAAAGUCAAGACCUGGGUGGCAGCUCACCCAUACGACGUUGUCACUAUUCUGCUGGGCAACGGCAACUACUCUGAUGCCUCUAUGUAUGCGCCCUUCAUUGAGUCUACCGGCAUACAGAAGUAUGCAUAUGUACCCGACGUGGCAGCGCCGUGGACGGUCGAUCAAUGGCCGACAUUCUCGGAACUCAUUCUCCAGGGCGUCAGGACGGUCAUGUUCAUUGACUACAACUACAACGCAACCGCAGCUCCGUGGCUCCUGGACGAGUUUGGAUACUUUUGGGAAACGCCCUUCGAUCCGGAGGACACCAGCUUCCCCUGCACCGUCCAGCGACCACCGAGACUGAUGGGAGACGAGAACGUGGAGGCUGCUAGAAACUCCAUGUACAUCAUGAACCACAACCUGAAUGUGGAGGUGAGCCUCCUCGGCGCCUCUCUUCUCGUCCCGGCGGUCACGUCGCUCAACACGACCAACAACGUGUCGGGGGACGGAAGUCUCGGCAUGGCGGCGAACAACUGCCGCUCGGACUGGGGAAGGGCGCCCAAUUUCUUGACAGUUGAUUACUAUGAGUACGGCGGGUUCCCCGGCUCUGUAUUCGAGGUCGCGGCUAUCCAGAACAACGUCACGUAUGACAGGAGCAAAUGCUGUGGAAAGGUGGAGAACGCAGCGCGCAGGGCUUUGGUCGCCAUGUCGUCGUGGAGCUUUGGCGUGCUCGCUCUCGCGUUCUGGUUCGUGUUGUAA